GCCCCCAAAUGCCCUGGUACGGCUGAGAGUGGGGAGAGUCCGCUCUCCCUCUCGAAAUGCUCUCACAUGGCCACGCGUAUAUAGCCCCUGCCAGGGAAGUCCUACUCACUGCCUUCUCGUGGCGGGGGUGUUGUUUACAAAAAUGAGAGGACGAAAAGCGAAUGUCCGGCGCUUUAACCGGAUCCCAAACCAAUGGUGCACAUGGGCUCCAGUAUCCUGCGGGAACAAAUGGCGUAUGAACCAAUCGUUGGUCACCGGCUACCAUGGGACUGCAUCUCCUUACGAUGCUCCACUGCCUUGUGAAUCAGACGUUCAGGUCGAAGGCUCGGGGUGUGGCCCCCUAAGAAAACCACCUGCUUCGGUUUGGGCACCCGGGCAGUAUCACAGCCCUCACACAAAUCAAUUGAGAUUUGUGUGGCGCAUAUGUAUUUGGUGCCUCCCUGUACCUAUACUUUUGUGUUAAAAUAAAAUAAAAUAAUUUUUUGCCAAAACGACGAGGAUCGUAUCUUAUUAAACAUAACUUUUGUGACACCAAUUAACUACAUGGGUUAUCAUCUAGUCUUUUUUGUGGUUAGAUUAUCAGACUGUCGAUGGACUUAACUAUUUGGUAGAUUCAGCCUUUUGAGUGAUCACUCCGUAAGAUUGCAUCAUUUCGAAUUUACAGUCGAUCAACAUUCUGUUAAUUGUUUUAACCAUUGAUUUUUGGUUAGAUUAGUCGAAAUCAUGUUUACACUACGAAUUUCUACCUUAAAAUAAUGUUCUUCGUCCACCGUUUUGUAGAUUGUCUCAGGAAUGGAUAAAAUAGGUGUUCACAUAUUUGUCCUCACGGUUAUAAACGGAGAGUUAAGUUGCAUCAUUUACCUUUAGAUUUUCCAUAUAUAACACCGUAAAUGCUCGUAUAAAGCGUCAGUCAACUACGAUGUAGGACCAGGCACACACAUAUGCAUCGGUCCAAGUUUGUAACAGAUGUGUCAUAAUACAUAUCUACCAUUUCAAGGAAGUUGUAAGUUCUGGUUUUACGGACGAUAUAGGAUUACUGUAAGGGAACAAGCAGACAGCAUAAAUUUCAGUUAAUCAAAGAGCGAUAAGCUUUGUUGUGCUAAGUCCAUAUUUUGAGCUAAUUAAGCCUUAUGUAUCUUUUACUAAGUUGCUUGGGAUCUACGUUACCUCAAUCUUUCUAAUGAAAUAUUGAGUGAUCGAAUUUGUCUAUUUGAGGUAGUGGGACGAGUACUUUUUGGGUGUGGUUAACUUGAUUUAUUCUCAUACAAAUAAAAUCUUAGUGACAAGCAUCAAUCUGAGUUGGUGUGUGGCUGUUUUUUUUAUGAAUAAGAUGAAAUCACUACCCGCCGACCCGAGUCGUAUAAGUAGGUGAAGACUUUAAGAUAGGUUUUGUUGUGAUGGAAAUAUAAUGAUUAAGCAGCCUGUUUGGCAUGCUUGUAUUGUUUGUUUAAAUAUUCACAUUGAUGUUUAAGACUACAAUUGAUCAGUUUCUUACUAGUAUAUGUGCAUCGUGCGCAGAUUACCUCGAUAUUGCCUUGAGUCACAAGCAUUAUAAACGAAGUUCGAUGGUGGCUAGUAGUGGAAUUUAAGUCACGCGUUUCGUCCUAUUUGGGACUUGUCAGUUGGAUGUACCUGGUGGUUAUCGGGACUCAUUAGCUAAGUGGAUAACGCGUUGACGUUUGAAGCGGACGGUGCUGGUUCCGAGUCUCGGGGUGAGUAUCAACUCUAGGAUGAAGGUGAUUUUGUCGUUUUUAUUUCUAGAUUCAAAAUAGCCGUUUUAUGUUCGGCCUUCAUGUGCUUUGGUUUACUUAUAGGUAUGGAAAGACUUGAUUCUCUACUUUGUCGAUUAGAAAAAGUAACUAUUCUUCUUGAAGCAGCCGCCGUUAACAAUAUGUAUCGGACAUCACCAAUUAAAAUAUCUUCGGAAAGUGGAAAUCCUUCAUCAAUCAAGGAAUUUCAUGAAAUAGUCACUGGCCCUUUAUCGGAAUACGUACGCAAUAGUUUCGAAAUUGGAGAUAUUGUUGGAAAUCACGCCUGCAUGGUUAAACAGUGUUUUUUGAUGCAAGAAGGAAUAAUCAAAUUGGCAGCUGAAUGCUCAAAACCUUCUGACUCUGAACUUAAGCUUAUUAUAGCACCAUUAGGAAAUCUAAUAGAAGAAGUUAUCAAAUUUAAGGAUAGUAAUCGAAGCAGUAACUUUUUUAACCAUCUUUCAGCUGUGGCGGAGUCUGUGACAGCUCUAGGCUGGUUAAAUGAUACUGUUACACCAUCGGCGUACGUUAAAACCAUGCAAGAAGCUGGUGAAUUCUUUACUAAUCGUGCUCUUAUGGAAUACAAAAACAACGACACAAUUCAUCGUGCUUGGAAAAAAUCUUUAAUGUCUGUUUGGACUGCAUUACAAGUUUAUGUUAACAAACAUCAUACCACUGGUUUGGUUUGGAAUGCUCGUGGUAAACCAGCUGUAGCAUCGAAGCUGUCUAAGUCUUCGCCUACUCGUGAAGUUAAUUCCAAUUGUUCUGCACCAUCACCCCCUGUACUUACAGCUGCUCAUUUAGCUGCAAUGUCAUUGCAAGCAAACGAUAAUUCGACACAGUCUGCUUUAUUCGCUGAUCUGAAUCGUGGAACAGCGGUGACAUCUAAUCUACGCAAAGUGACUGAUGAUAUGAAAACGCAUAAAAAUCCCAAACUUCGUGAAGGACCUAUUAUACAUACAUCACGAAAUCAAGUGAACUCAUCAUCGAAUAAUCCCACUGUCCGACCACCAUCUGAGAAAGAGCCGUCGGGGGCUGGAUGUUUGGAACUAAGGGGUAACAGAUGGAUUGUAGAAAAUUUUCAGUCUGCCGGAAAUUUACAAAUUGUUAGUACUGAAACAAAACAAACAGUUUGUAUUCAUAAAUGUAAUGAAUGCACAGUUCAAAUUAAGGGGAAAAUUAAUUCAAUCAUGAUGGAUAAUUGUAAGAAAACCGGUGUUGUCUUUGAUCAUCUGAUCUCAUCUAUUGAUGUGGUGAAUUGUCAGAGUGUUAAAAUUCAGUGUAUUGGACAACUGUCCACUGUGAAUAUUGACAAGACAGAUGGAUGUCAAGUGUUUUUAAGUGAAGACUCAAAGUAUGCUGAUGUGAUCACAGCAAAAUCUUCAGAGAUCAAUAUCCUUAUACCUAAAGGAACUGAUGAUUUUGAAGAGUUCGCAGUCCCAGAACAAUUUAAAACAAAUUUUACUGGAAAAGGAUUGAAAACAGUAUGUAGUGAUUCUAGAUAAGAAAUGUUACUUAAUGUUCGUCAUACACAUUUGUCAACAAUAUUGAAAAUUUUCAUUUUAAACAGCCACUUUAUCUUGCUUCAUGUACUAGUACAACAUUUUUGUUCAAACGCAAUAAAACACUGCUUUUCUUGAUGGUUUAAUUUGUUUGACUGUGUCAAUCUUUGACUUUCAAUAUCAGGCACCCGUUGUUUUAUCUCUUUUGGAAGUAUUUGCUUUUUUAUUGCUUGUUUAAAAAUAUACAUGUGAUGAUUUUUACAUC